UCUGUCAUCAUGCGGCGGACCGGCCGUCACCCGGCAGCCGAGAGACAGUCGGAGGCGGUCAGUCGGUCCAGCAGAAGUGCCACAUAAUCAAACAAAAGUCAGCUGUUAUCUCAAAGGCACCUGUGGUCAUGGCUAAAGACCCGCUGGCAGAAGCUGGUCUUCAUUUUGAUGAACUCAAUAAGCUGCGAGUACUAGAGCCUGAUGUGAGCCAGAAAACCAUCGAGCUCAAAGAGGAAUGUGAGGAAUUUGUUGACAAGAUCGGUCAGUUUCAGAAAAUUGUAGGUGGACUUAUCGAACUUGUGGAUGAGCUGGCAAAGGAAGCUGAAAAUGAAAAAAUGAAGGCUAUAGGAGCAAGAAAUUUGCUGAAAUCAGUUGAAAAGCAACGGGAGGCUCAGCAGCAACAGCUUCAGGCUCUGAUCGCAGAAAAGAAAAUGCAGUUGGAAAGGUAUCGAAUAGAAUACGAAGCUCUACAGAAAGUCGAAACGGAGCAGAAUGAAUUCAUCGAUCAGUUUAUACUGCAGAAAUAAGAGUGCCGUUUCCUCUUUCUGUCGCACAGGAACAGUGAUGCUAUGCAUCAUGAUUUACAGUGACCUCCUAAUAAGUGCAGGGUCCCUAACUAGGUUAACUGUAUUGACCAGGUAAUAGGUGACAACAGACGUCUGAUUAAGCCUCAACCUCUGACUCUAUUGUGUUAACAUUGAGUGCUUUUGCAUGGCCAGUUCAAGGAGGCAUAUACUCGUAAUCUUUCCAACCACAGUUCCUAAUCUCAGAUGAAUACUAUUUAUAUACAAGUUAUUUAUACUAUUUAUAUGGAAAUUUAGUUUGUAAAUCUGAUCUUUUUUUACAGCAGGAAAAUACAGUAUUUGCAUGUUACUGUAAAUAAUUCCAUUAUGAGACAUCCUCGGGUUGUUGUUUUUUUUUUUCUGUAUGAUUUGUAUUAUGACUGCUGUUUAUGACUUGAACUCACCUGGUUUUAUUAUUUUCUCAUAUGCUCAUGGGACCACAACCAAAAAAAAAAAAAGUUAUGGGAAACAUAAUUCAUUUAUUGUCUGUUUACGUUUACGGUUUCGAUCAUUGUAUGUAAUCUUAAUAUCUGACAAACUUCAUACAGAUUUGAAGAACGUUUGAAUAAAAAUAUAUUUUGCAUUUA